CAAGCUGGGUUACUGGUUCCAGACGUCACGGACGAAUCGGCACAGCUCUAGGUACGUGGUCGCGCAUGGCUCUGCGGUACUGCAUGGUACACCUCUGCCGUCUCCGUCUUCUCGCCCCCAUCACCGUCACCGUCACCGUUACUCCAAACUGUCAUUGCCGCUCCGCUUGGCCCUCGUCUGGCUGCACUCGUGCUUUGAACCUGGCCACUACCCAUCCAUUGGGCAGCCCCAAGGCAUCUUUCCCUCGUCACUUGACACCUCAGCGGACAUCGACUGCACUGGGGACUCGGCAGUCGCCUGGCUUUGCACACUGCUCGCUGGCCCAUGUCGACAAGCCCCCCUUGACUUUGAGGUAUGCCAUCUCAUACCUUACUUCCAGCCCAUGCUGGCCGGGAGCCACGGCCCAGAUGCUUCUCGCACAGUUAUGCCCCCCUAACGAGGGCGCCAGCCGGCGGCCAGUGGCCUGCGCACCACAUGCAGCUUAGAGGACUUUAUCCCCUACCGCUCUUCUGCAAGACACUGCCCAAGCCUAUGACUCCCGUCUCUCCUCGUACCAUCCUGCUAUUACCCGUUGAGCUUAGUUCUUUCACCCUCCCCCUCCCUCCCAACGCCAACUGUACAUCCCGAUUCUGCACCCCGCCUGACAAUAUCAGAACAUUCAGUCAGGGUACUGCAACUCUUGACAAGGACUGCCAUAUCC